AGAUUGAGGAAAGUCCACCACCAUGGUUAGCUGCCGGAUUGCAAGGCGGGUGGCUGUCCUAGUUUUAAUCGUAUCAUAUUCUUCGUUGGAUAUCGCGGCAACAACCACAACUGACAUGCCUACAAAUGGUACUAACACUUCUCCAUCAACAAUGGAUGCUACUGUCGACACAACAGAAACAAUGUCUCCUAUCCCAACGUCUGGCAUGGAGUCUUCAUCCACAUACUCCUCGACAACAUCUACCCAAAUCAUGACAACAUCGAAUACCACUGACGCUGGGUCCUUCACAACAUAUAACGCAACGGAUACCACUACCACAGAUACCACCACUACCACAGAUUCAGGGAGUUCUACAACAGAUGGUACCAUGAAUGAAACAACUCCUACAUCAACCACUGACGCAGAGUUCACCGCAACAAAUAACGCAACGGAUUCAGAUACCACCGCUACCACAGAUUCAGGGAGUUCUACAACAGGUGUUACCAUGAAUGUCACAACCCCUACUUCCAUCAUGACCACAAUAAACAGUAAUACUACAGAACCCGACAAUACAACAUCCCCCACCAUGGCCACAGUGGACAUGAAUACUACCACGAUGUUGCCAUCAACAACUGAUUGAGGAAAGUCCACCACCAUGGUUAGCUGCCGGAUUGCAAGGCGGGUGGCUGUCCUAGUUUUAAUCGUAUCAUAUUCUUCGUUGGAUAUCGCGGCAACAACCACAACUGACAUGCCUACAAAUGGUACUAACACUUCUCCAUCAACAAUGGAUGCUACUGUCGACACAACAGAAACAAUGUCUCCUAUCCCAACGUCUGGCAUGGAGUCUUCAUCCACAUACUCCUCGACAACAUCUACCCAAAUCAUGACAACAUCGAAUACCACUGACGCUGGGUCCUUCACAACAUAUAACGCAACGGAUACCACUACCACAGAUACCACCACUACCACAGAUUCAGGGAGUUCUACAACAGAUGGUACCAUGAAUGAAACAACUCCUACAUCAACCACUGACGCAGAGUUCACCGCAACAAAUAACGCAACGGAUUCAGAUACCACCGCUACCACAGAUUCAGGGAGUUCUACAACAGGUGUUACCAUGAAUGUCACAACCCCUACUUCCAUCAUGACCACAAUAAACAGUAAUACUACAGAACCCGACAAUACAACAUCCCCCACCAUGGCCACAGUGGACAUGAAUACUACCACGAUGUUGCCAUCAACAACUGAUUGAGGAAAGUCCACCACCAUGGUUAGCUGCCGGAUUGCAAGGCGGGUGGCUGUCCUAGUUUUAAUCGUAUCAUAUUCUUCGUUGGAUAUCGCGGCAACAACCACAACUGACAUGCCUACAAAUGGUACUAACACUUCUCCAUCAACAAUGGAUGCUACUGUCGACACAACAGAAACAAUGUCUCCUAUCCCAACGUCUGGCAUGGAGUCUUCAUCCACAUACUCCUCGACAACAUCUACCCAAAUCAUGACAACAUCGAAUACCACUGACGCUGGGUCCUUCACAACAUAUAACGCAACGGAUACCACUACCACAGAUACCACCACUACCACAGAUUCAGGGAGUUCUACAACAGAUGGUACCAUGAAUGAAACAACUCCUACAUCAACCACUGACGCAGAGUUCACCGCAACAAAUAACGCAACGGAUUCAGAUACCACCGCUACCACAGAUUCAGGGAGUUCUACAACAGGUGUUACCAUGAAUGUCACAACCCCUACUUCCAUCAUGACCACAAUAAACAGUAAUACUACAGAACCCGACAAUACAACAUCCCCCACCAUGGCCACAGUGGACAUGAAUACUACCACGAUGUUGCCAUCAACAACUGAUUGAGGAAAGUCCACCACCAUGGUUAGCUGCCGGAUUGCAAGGCGGGUGGCUGUCCUAGUUUUAAUCGUAUCAUAUUCUUCGUUGGAUAUCGCGGCAACAACCACAACUGACAUGCCUACAAAUGGUACUAACACUUCUCCAUCAACAAUGGAUGCUACUGUCGACACAACAGAAACAAUGUCUCCUAUCCCAACGUCUGGCAUGGAGUCUUCAUCCACAUACUCCUCGACAACAUCUACCCAAAUCAUGACAACAUCGAAUACCACUGACGCUGGGUCCUUCACAACAUAUAACGCAACGGAUACCACUACCACAGAUACCACCACUACCACAGAUUCAGGGAGUUCUACAACAGAUGGUACCAUGAAUGAAACAACUCCUACAUCAACCACUGACGCAGAGUUCACCGCAACAAAUAACGCAACGGAUUCAGAUACCACCGCUACCACAGAUUCAGGGAGUUCUACAACAGGUGUUACCAUGAAUGUCACAACCCCUACUUCCAUCAUGACCACAAUAAACAGUAAUACUACAGAACCCGACAAUACAACAUCCCCCACCAUGGCCACAGUGGACAUGAAUACUACCACGAUGUUGCCAUCAACAACUGAAUCUGAUACCGGUUCGCCAACUUCUUCGAGUGGAUUGGGCUCAACAACGAUGAAUUCAACAAAAUCGAUGGUUACUGCCGAUAAUUCAACGACUACUGACCCGGUGUCCGCAACGAUGUCGAAUACUAAAGAAAAUGUGACGUCAUCGACCAUGGUCUUUACAACAGACAAUAUAUCAUCAUCGACGACAUUGCCAACAACCAUGUUCAAUGUCUCGGACAAUGCAACGAUAUCUACGACUUCGACGAUGACAGUGUCCGAUACGACAAGUGACGCUGAAAACACUUCGAUGAUGAUAUCGACAGAAGGGCAGAUGAUAACAAAUGACUCAGAUAUCAUUUCGUCACCACCAACAGUAUCAACGACUGAGCCUAAUAUAAGUUCAACUGAAUCGCCAGGAGGUAACUUCGUAAUGAAACGUUGUUUAUUUCAAUUUUUUUUUCUUCUUUUAUCAUCAUGAUUAUAUAAAGCUUGUACAAGAUCGAUAUAGUCGAUGCAACCCUUCAACAUCCCUAUGACAUCUCAAAUUAGCCCUCCCAAAAAAUUAUUUUCAAUGACAAAUAUUCGCCGUUUUCUCCUGUGAAGGUGUUUAGGAAAUACAUUUUAAUCAAAUAAAAAAAUGAAAGGUAAAACAUUCCACCGGAUAUGUUGAAAAGGGAAAUGCACCUUAGAGCAGGGUGCGACAUAAGCGCUGGCCCGAUUGCCCGGGGCAAGUAAAAGUUAGAGUCGGGCAAGUGUUUUGAAGCAAAGAAUCGGGCAAGCAAAAUUCUCCUAUGGAAAUUAUAUUUUAGAAAGAUUCCCCAUAUUUCACCAUCAAAAUAUAGAAAAGAAAAAGAGACAAAAAAGCAAUAUCAUUAAUUUCUUCUUUCGAAUUGCAAAAUUUGCGCCAUUUUCUGCAAUAAACACACAGCUCAGAGACGUACACACACACAUCCUGGUCGGUAUGCAAGUCAUCCACUAUCAAUUUUUUUUAAUAUUUGUAUUUUAUUAUAUGAAAUUUGAAAAUGUUCUACUCAUUGUCAGUCAAGUUGGUCCGUAUUGCCAAAUCUAUAAAAAAAUGAAAUAUUCAAACAAUAAAAAGCAAAAUGAUUAGUGAGGGAGGGUCGUAAUCGAGUGUCUCAUUUACAUUUUACUGAAUUGUGCAAAUAACUGUUUUGUUAAAAAUAAGCGAAACUUUAAAAUGUCAUAACUUUUUUUUACAUUCGAUUUUGAUAAAAUUUUCAGUGUUAUACUAGCUUGAUUUUUUUUCUAUUUAUUCAACUUUUUUUUCUGGGGGUGGACUUGACCUUUAAUAUCAUAAAAAUUGGUGAGGACUUUUUUGGGGGGUGGCUCUUUUGUUUCGUCUUAUGUUAUCCCGGGUUUCACCAUUAGAAUAUAGUAUAGGCGUUUUAUUGAGAAAUCCAACAACAAAAUGAUAUUAAUUGAGGAAAUCAUUUACAUUAUGUAAUAAAUAUGGUAACACGCAAUCAUCCCUCUAUCUCCCCCCCUCUUUAUCACGCUCUCUCUCUUUCUCUCUCUCUCUCGUCUCUCUUAUUCUCCCCACCCCAACUGCCCCUCUAUACAUUCUAAUCAACACUCUGUAUGACCACGUCCGUCGACAAAACAAACUGAUUUAAAUAGAUUUAGUGAUGAUAAUGUCAUAUUUUACCCAGGGUAACAAAUUAAUUUCCUGAAUAACAUAAGAAAACUCAAAAUGCUCAUUAAUAUUUCAUCAAAAUCGUUCUAGAUUAUUAUGACACUUUUAAAGUUUCCUUCAUCUGCGUAAUCUACAUUACCGCCAAUGAUAUGUAGAUCACUGAUGUGUGAAUACAUUUG